CUGUGUAAGGUCAACGGAAUGUCUUCAUGAACAGGUGCAACGCUAAUGGCGAAGGGCUAAUUGGUACUAGCCAGCCAGCUGUCAGUGAUCAGGGCUUGAUUAGUAUAGUAUUAGCCAACAGCGUUCAAAGAACAAGGCGGAUAAUGCAGUCAAGGGCAAAUUCAUUGCUUCUCUUUUCAGUGUAAACUGUAUCUCUCUGUUAUCGACGAUGUCAUCGAAAAUGUCCGAGAGCUGUUUCUUGACGAAGGAGUGGAUGAGGGCGUCCUCACUGAACUUCAUCAGUUGUGGGUGACAAAGGUCAUGCAGUCUAAAGCGGUGGAGGGCUUCCGGAAGGAUGCGAUCAACCCUUCAAACUUUUCCCUUCAUCUGCCAGCCAGCUACACACAGGCCCUCCAAAAACAAGCUGGAGCCUCUAUCAUCCUCCCACCUGGCCAAAGUGUGCAGAGCUUUACAGCAAAGACGAGUGGAGGUGGUGCGGUGACUACUUUUUCUCUCCCGCCUGGAGUCACGUAUCCAGUUCACAUCCCAGCAGGAGUCACACUUCAGACCGCCUCAGGCCACUUCUACAAAGUGAAUGUACCGGUGGUGGUGACCCAGGCCCCCAGAGCCAACCGCGUGGUCAAUCAGGCUUCCGCUGUGCAGAAAGCAGCCGCCCCGCCAGCGACUCCCAGGCCACAGCCAGCCUCCACCCAGCCUCCACCCACUGCCCCUGCCCCUGCCACCCAGCCAUCCCCCAGGCAGCUCGCACCAACUGGCCAGGACACUGCUCCUGCCUCAGCUGCCCCAGCCAGCAGCGCUGAUGCCCAGUCUGGGCAGAGGAGUGCCCAGACGGACCAGCAGCAGGCCCCUGAGACCGCAGCACCCCCGGUGACGCCACCAGUGUCUCAGACUAUCCCUGCUGAUGUCCCCGCGCCAGUGGGUGCAGCAGUGGUGGCUCAGAAGAACACCAUUGUUGUUGAUCCAGCACCAGUGUCCCAGGACCACUCCACUUCCAAUGAGGUCCCAACAGCGGCACUAGCCUCUCGGGGCCUCUUGGCUGGGGCUGGGGCUGGGGCUGGUGCUGGUGCUGAUGGACCUCAACCGUCUCCGAUGCCCGUGGCGGAGAGCCCAGGGGACUUCAAUCUGGACGGCAUUGACUUCAGCCCUCAGGUUGGCCAGGAAAGCCCCCUGAACCUGUGCAUACAGACGCCCCAGAACAUGGAGGUGAAGCAGGAGCAGGGGCCGCUCUCCAGCUGUCCCAUGAGCGGGGACUCCAUUGACCUUACCUCACCUCGCACCUCCGACUCAUCUAAGCUGAAGGAGGAAGCCAAGGAGGAAGCUUCCGAUGCGUUUCCUGUUUCCUGCGAUGGCUCCGCCUUUAGCAGCUUGGGCAACCAAUUGGAUGAAGCGAUAAGGAUGGAGCUGAUGAAGGACUUCAACUUCUGCGGGCUGGAGGACCUGGUGCAGCUGGACGGGGCGUGCGACGGCAGCUCUGACGAGGAGGAAGAGGAUGGUGAUGAUCGUCACGAGGAAGAGAAGACGAAGAUGGAGCUAGAGAUGGAGAUGGAGAUGGAUGAGGUCCCGAUGGGUGAGAACGACUUCCUGAGCCUGAUCAGUGCCGAGGCCCUGGACGUGCUGAAGGAAGCUGGCAGCAGCGACGACGAGGGCAACGCCAGCAGCGCCAGCAGCGACACCGAGCAGCCCGUCAUCAUAGAGGAGGACCCUCUAAACUCAGGAGACGAUGUGAGUGACCAGGAUGUCCCAGACCUGUUUGACACAGAGAAUGUGGUGGUGUGCCUUUACGAAAAGAUUCAUCGCAGUAAGAACAACUGGAAGUUCACCCUGAGGGAUGGCGUGAUGACGUAUGGGGGGAAGGAUUAUGUUUUCUCCCGGGCCAUCGGGGAGGCGGAGUGGUGAGGUCGGCGGUUUCUACGGCAGAAAACGUAAAAGUCACGUAAUGUGUCUGGAUAUCAGAAACAGGAGGAACAUUUCACUGACUAUGUUUCAAAAGAUUUCUGUUGUCUUGUAAAUGGGCAUAAUAUUUCCUUUUCAUGUUUUGAUUUCAUUUAGAGUUAUUCAUUUAUUUUACUUAUUUAUUGGUCUGUUUGAGUUUGUUUUUGUUGAUUUAGUAAUAUCAUUCAGCUGUCUCGAGUUUAUUGCGCAUUGACUGUGACUGAAACUCAAACGCAUUGUUUAAUUUUUUGAAAGCUGAUCUGACUGAGAUUGAGUGUUUUGUUUAUUUAUUUAAAUAUAUUUAUUUGAGCUGUACAGUACAUACGCUUACAUGUGAUUGACAUGUAAUUGGGAAACAAGUUCUUCAGUUCAGUAAAGAAAAAUGCAUCGAAACUGC